GCACCGCCCAGGCCGGAGCAGGCGCCGAAGACUCGGGCGCUUCGGACCCGGGAGGGUGGAGGAGCCAUGGCCACCACCAACGGGGCCGUGGAGAACGGGCAGCCGGACAGGAAGUCACCCACCCUGCCGCGCCCCGUGCGCAACCUGGAGGUCAAGUUCACCAAGAUAUUCAUCAACAAUGAAUGGAACGAAUCCAAGAGUGGAAAAAAGUUUGCCACAUAUAACCCUUCAACUCUAGAGAAAAUAUGUGAAGUGGAAGAAGGAGAUAAGCUCGACGUAGACAAGGCCGUGGAGGCUGCACAAGCUGCCUUCCAGAGAGGCUCGCCGUGGCGCCGGCUGGAUGCCCUGAGCCGCGGCCGGCUGCUGCACCAACUGGCGGAUCUCGUGGAGAGGGACCGUGCCGUCCUGGCCACCCUGGAAACGAUGGACACAGGGAAGCCAUUCCUUCAUGCCUUUUUCAUCGACCUGGAGGGCUGUAUCAAAACCCUUCGAUACUUUGCAGGGUGGGCAGACAAAAUACAGGGCAGGACUAUCCCCACAGAUGACAACGUUGUGUGUUUCACCAGGCACGAGCCCAUAGGUGUGUGUGGGGCCAUCACUCCUUGGAACUUCCCUCUGCUGAUGCUGGUGUGGAAGCUGGCACCCGCUCUCUGCUGUGGGAACACCGUGGUCGUGAAGCCAGCGGAGCAGACUCCCCUCACCGCCCUCUAUCUCGGCUCUUUGAUCAAAGAGGUGGGAUUCCCUCCAGGCGUGGUGAAUAUCGUGCCAGGAUUUGGGCCCACGGUGGGAGCAGCAAUUUCUUCUCACCCUCAGAUCAACAAGAUAGCCUUCACUGGGUCCACAGAGGUUGGAAAGCUGGUUAAAGAAGCCGCCUCCCAUAGCAACCUGAAGAGGGUGACACUGGAGCUUGGUGGGAAAAACCCCUGCAUCGUGUGUGCUGAUGCCAACCUGGACUUGGCAGUGGAGUGCGCCCAUCAGGGAGUGUUCUUCAACCAAGGCCAGUGCUGCACGGCCGCCUCCAGGGUAUUUGUGGAGGAGCAGGUCUAUGACGAGUUUGUCAGGCGGAGCGUGGAGUUCGCCAAGAAACGGCCCAUUGGAGACCCCUUCGACAUCAGGACCGAACAGGGGCCCCAGAUUGACCAGAAGCAGUUCAACAAAAUCCUCGAUCUGAUUGAGAGCGGAAAGAAGGAGGGAGCCAAGCUGGAAUAUGGGGGCUCGGCCAUGGAAGACAGGGGGCUCUUCAUCAAACCCACUGUCUUCUCAGAAGUUACCGACACCAUGCGGAUCGCCAAAGAGGAGAUUUUUGGACCGGUGCAGCCAAUACUGAAGUUCAAAAAUAUCGAAGAAGUGAUAAAAAGAGCAAAUAGCCUUGAAUACGGACUAACAGCAGCUGUGUUCACAAAAAACCUCGACAAAGCACUGAAGCUGGCUUCCGCAUUAGAGUCUGGAACUGUCUGGAUCAACUGCUACAAUGCCAUCUAUGCACAGGCUCCAUUUGGUGGCUUUAAAAUGUCGGGGAACGGCAGAGAACUAGGUGAAUAUGCGCUGGCUGAAUACACAGAAGUGAAAACUGUCACCAUCAAACUCGACGACAAGGACCCCUGA